UUCUACGAGCAUUGCAAUAAAAAUGAAAUCCGCUGCAUGGUCCCUGCUCCUGAUACUUGGUCUCUUGUCUGCAGUCUAUGCAACGCCCGGCAAAGUGAUCAUUAAUGGACAAUGUGUGGAUUGCAAUAAGCCAGAGAAAGACGACAAUGUUAUUGUUGCGGGCAGUUCCUCAUAUUCACUGACAUCUGGUGCAGCAGCUUUUGGAGUUGCAUGCUUUAUCCUCAAUGUGUUCCUACAACGAAUUGUUCAUUAAAUUGAAGCUAAAUAAACCAAAUUGUUAAGUUACAUUUUGUGCCCGCAAUCGCGUGAAAUCUUUAUGUUAUAAUACAAGCAGAUUCUCAAUAAAUAGCUAAAGCUUA